AUGACAGGUGGAGCUGCUGCACCUUUACUGGGAGUAGGCACGGCACUUGGGGUAACCGCAGCUUGCACUAACUUAGGAACGAGCGCUGUGGAAGCCAAACUUAACUCAAAUAUUAUCAAGGAGGCGGAACGAGCCGUAGAAGAGGCAAAUCGCACAAUACAGAAAGUAAAGAAUCAGAUUAAUGAGCUAAGGGAGGUGAAAAGCAAAUUUCGUUUGCUAUUUUGCGUUUGGCUUGUUACCAUAAUGGUUCGGUUCAUAGAAACCCUUUAAUAACACCCUUCCUUAGGCAACUUCUUCCCACUAGUUUAUUAUCUACAACAGCCUCCAGUGCUAUUCAUAAUGUUGCUAAAGCAUCAACCAAGUCCACGGGGGCUUUUAUCAUCGGAGUCAGUGUGGUGUUUCUUAUUGUAGAUAUUAUAGAUCUGAAUUACAAAGUCAGAGAUAUCGUAAAGAACAAGGGCUCUGGUGCGGCUCGAGUCUUUAGAGGUAAAGCAAACGAAUACGAAGCUAUUUUAAAG